CGUGAGAGUCUGCAAUUGAACAAUGAGACGACAACAUGUCGCUUGCGUCAUCGCCAUGCUUGUCCUGCUGGGGUCUGACGCAGGGUCUUCCCCGUGGACGGACCCUCCCACCCAUGCAGACCAGCCCUUCCUGUUCAUGUGGAAUGCCCCCACCGAGCUGUGCGACAUUCACUAUGGCCUCAAGCUAGACCUCUCUCACUUCCACAUGGUGAGCAGCACGCUGAAGACGGCCACCAACCAGAGCAUCUCCAUCUUCUACACUGACCGCUUCGGCAUCUUCCCUUACGUGGACAAGGACACAGGUGAGUUUGUGAAAGAGGGUCUACCUCAGCUGGUAGACCUGGAAAAGCACCACGAGGUAGCCAGGAAUGACGUGGAAUUCUACAUCCCCACCGACCAGCCGGGCCUCGCCGUGCUUGACUUUGAAGAGUGGAGGCCGCAGUGGGUCAGAAACUGGGGUAACAAAGACAUCUACCGGAAGAUUUCCAUCGAAAGAGUCAAGAAGAGGAAUGCCACGUUGUCUGAUGAUGAGGCUGAAAAGUGCGCCAAGAUGUUGUUCGAGCAUGCCGCCAAGAAGUACUUCUUACGCUCCAUUUGCAUCGGGAAGAGGCUGCGGCCCCAACGACUGUGGGGGUACUACCUUUACCCCGACUGCUACAACUACAACUACAACCAAGACAUGGACGCUUUCACCGGGGAAUGUCCCGCCCGGGAGAGGCAGCGCAACGAUGAGCUGCUGUGGCUGUGGCGCGAGUCCACCGCCCUCUUCCCUUCUAUAUACCUGGAGCUGGUGCUCAGAGACUCCACACAAGCACGUCUUUUUGUGCGUCAUCGCCUCCUGGAGGCAAUCAGGGUGUCCAAGCUCGCCAACAGCUCAUACGCCAUCCCUGUGUACGCCUACAUCCGCCCCGUCUACAAGGACAGCACCGAUGACUACAUGUCUGAGGUGGACCUGGUCAGCACCAUCGGGGAGGCGGCCGCUUUGGGUACUGCCGGUGUCGUGGCCUGGGGUGACAUGAAGGUCACCAACAGUGAGAAGUCCUGUUUGGAUGCCUGGCGCCACCUCUAUCACGUCAUGAACCCAUACAUCCUCAACGUCACCACAGCAACCAGGAUGUGCAGCGAGGCACUCUGCCAAGGCCAAGGACGCUGCGUGAGGAAGCGCUGGGAUGAUAACGUUUUCCUCCACCUUGACCCGCAGCGCUUCCAGAUCCAGCGGCACCGACCCGGCGGCCCGCUCACGGUGCGCGGGGGCGGGCUCUUGCAGGACGACGUGAUCUGGUUCGACCGCCACUUUGACUGUGUGUGCUACGGCCAGAGGCCAUGUCGCUCAGCCAAGAUGCUCAAUGACAUCCAGGAGGUCGCUUCUAACGCGAGGAGUCGCGAGGAGUCGAACGUACGGCCAUCGUCCCGAUGGCCGUACGUUCUGCUGCUGACAACCGUCCUGGUCACUAGCUGCCCAAACGGAUGCUCCACUAAGGGAAUGUAG